UACAUUUACUUUUUAUAAAUAAUAGUAAUAAUUUAAAAGUUAUGGAAUUUGAUACUUGUCCAAGCUAACAAGACAUAAAAUAACAAAAAAAAAAAAAAAACGGACGAAAAAGGCUAAAUACCGCCCUCUCCUAUCAUCAUCUUCACAUUUCCCGCUGCAACUCAGUUCUCGGCGGUUGCGAUGUCGGAUAAUAACGAGGGAGAGGAGAUUUCUCAGAAGGGAAAUGAUUGGGAAGUUGUAGCGCUCACGGAGUCUGCAUAUGCUGCUGCUCCUGGUCCCAGAAACAUUCUGGAUAAUAGUGACAACAAUUUAAGCGGGGAUGAUGAUUCUGAGACUGCUCGUGCCAUGUUCAUGUCCGGCCACUUUGGAUUUUCGCCUAGUGCGCUUGAGAACUUUCCACUAGAACCUGAAUACAAGGAGAAAUAUUCUGUAGAGGGCAAUGACCAUGAUGUUCAUCAAGUUACGGAGCAGCAAGGUAGUAAAUCAGAUUUAAAACAAGAGGAAAGUUUGAAUAUAGAAGGGCUCAUUUCUGAUGAUUUUUCUGGAGUUACACAAUUUGACGAAAAAUAUAAGAGCAUGUCAUUCUAUAGUUCUGACCUGGGCGAUGUUACAUCCUCAAAAUUGAUAGAAAAAGAGCAGGGCCUGUACGGGACUGGGAAGAGCUCUUAUGUUGAUGAUGAUGCUGCUGGGGGCGUGCCAUUCCUUGCUGAUGAGGGCACAGGGGUUGCUGAAACAUUUGAAUCUCUCGAUGACGCUGUGAAUUCACGCGUGUCAAAUGUGCACACACAUGUUGAAGAAGAUAAGUUUAGUGAACCGACUCUUCCCUGUGAUGCUUGGUGGAGAAAACGUGCUGCUUCCUUGUAUGGCCAUGCGAAAAAUGCAAAUCCAUAUUGGUCUCUCGUUGUUGCUGCAGCUGUUAUUGGGCUUGUGAUUAUUGGUCGCAGGUGGCAGCGUGAUAGGCCGCAAGUUUUUCAACUCAAGUCACAAUUGACUGCAGGCGAUAAGGAGGCUCACUGGAUCCUUAGUCCCAUGGGACGACUUAAGGGUGUAAAUUUAGGUGGUCAACACAGUUCAUACAUCGGACUGAGCUCCGUGACACAAGGCUGAAUAUUGAAGGGAAAGAAAAACAUAAAAUCCUGUCCAUUGUCUACCAAGAUUUCUGAACAUUUUUAUAUCGCGCUUUUUUACUGCAUUUGCUCGUGAUGAGGUACGAUUGGAUAUGUGUGUGUACUGUGAUUCACACUAGGAGCUCAUACGAUCCUUUGCCCGUGUGUUUAUAGUUUCUGUUAAACCGUGAAAACGUAUGAACGAGGCGUUCUAGACAUGGCUUGCUGGAAGUUGGUGAUUUGUAACUACUGAAUGUAAAUUAUCACAGUGUGUAUGGUGACAUGUUUUGUGUUAAUGCAAGCUUUGCUGCGAUAGAUCUUA